AUAUGAUUCAGGAUUGUGAUUGUGCAUCGAGGUCGAUCAUCCAUGCGUGCAGUAGGGACCGGGCAUUCCAUCAUCGUCCACUACCAUCCGCCAGCUUGUCUACUGCAACAGCCUAACACACCUCCUCGACAAUCAUUCAGACACCGCUUUAUUCCCUUUGCCCAUCAUGUCACCGUCCGCCGCGCCCUCCAGUGCGGGACCCGCAAAGGAAGGCUUGGUACCAGGCCUGAGCAACUCUCAAAUCGCCGCGGUCUCUUCGCUCAAGCCUGCCCACUUUGACCUUUCCAGAGUGAUCCGGCCCAACAUUCUGAGUCUGGCGCCAUACAGGUGCGCAAGGGACGACUAUCAAGAUGGCAUACUGUUGGAUGCCAACGAGAACUCUCUGGGUCACUCUUUACCUCAAGGAAGCUCUUUUCCCGCUUUUCAAGCAAGUCACGACAAUGCGGGUGCGAACGGGGCCACCAGCGUGUCGGUGCCUGGAAGUGGCACUUUGCCCAAGGACGAUCCGCUGCAACUUCACCGAUACCCAGAUCCCAGUCUUUACGACAUCAAGCCCACCCUCGCUUCCCUCCGUCAGCUUCCAGAUGAAAGCUACGUGAUGCUCGGCGUCGGCUCAGACGAGGUGCUGGAUCUUCUGCAAAGAGUCGCUGCUAAACCUGGUCAGGACGCCAUCUUGAUAUGCCCACCAACCUACGGCAUGUAUAGUGUGUGCGCUGCGGUGAAUGACCUGGAUGUCAUCAAGGUUCCUCUGAAUGUCGAGGGCGGCAAAUUCAGUCUAGAUGUGGACAAUAUCCUGUCCACCCUGUCCGCCUCACCGCAGAUCAAGUUGAUCUUCCUUUGCUCGCCCGGAAAUCCGACUGGCACGCUUCUCUCCCUGGACUCCAUCCGACGCAUCCUCGAUUAUCAAGACUGGAACGGCUUGGUGGUCGUUGACGAAGCAUACAUUGACUUUGCAGAGGAGGAGCUGAGGUCGGGCAGGAGGUCGGUGGACGCUUCGGCCGUGUCUCUGUUGAAAGAAUACAAGAAUCUGGUAGUGACGCAAACUCUGAGCAAGGCUUUUGGUCUUGCUGCCAUUCGGCUGGGCAUCUGUUACUCUUCUCCAGCCCUCAUACAAAUCCUCAACAACACCAAAGCACCCUACAACAUUUCCGCACCCACAGCGCACCUAGCAUCCUUGGCUCUCUCCGAAGCUGGUCUGACUCAAAUGCGCUCCACCGUUCGUCAACUGCUUUCCAACCGAGAUGCUCUCAUUUCCUCUUUGCAGAGCAUCCCCAGCGUUGGCCAGAUACUGGGAGCCAACGAGGCAAACUUUGUGCUGGUGCAGAUUUUGGACCAGCAAGGUGGCAAGCCGGACAGCAAGAGAGCAGGAAUGGUUUACAAGAUCAUGGCAGAGCAAAAGGGCCUCGUGGUCAGGAACAGGAGCUCAGAGUUGGGCUGCGAAGGUUGCCUUAGGAUCACGGUGGGAACUGAACAGGAAAACGAGAGGUGCAUUCAACUCAUGAAGGAGUUGCUU